AAUGCCGAGGUUGUGGAUCGCUGAGCUGGGGGGGGCUCACAUGCUAAACGCCCCCUCACCUCCCCCAAAGACCUCAUCCUGGCAUCUGUUUCAUCAGUGAGCUGUCCUAUAAAUGCCUGACGGUGAGAGUCCCUUAGGAGAGUCACCCAGUGCCUCAGUGACACCACAGUGACACCACAGUCCAUCAAGACCAGGAAAGACCCAGUGACACAGCCGACCAUGAAGUCUCCGCACCAGGAAACGCCUGCAGUCCCUCAGGAGAGCCUGAGGAAGCAGAGAGACGCCGUCCUCAGCAGAAUGAAGAAGCUGGCAGCCAAGCAGGUGGAGGUCACUAAAAAGUCCACAGCUCUGAAAGAGCGAAUAAAGGAGAAAUACGAAGACAUGAAGAGGGUUCUGGAGGAGGACCUGCAUAUCACUCUGAGCCAGCUGGACAUGGAGGCCACAGCCACCAACAGAACCAUUGAGGAGCUGACCGAGAGGUGCUGCCUGCUCGCCCAGGACAUUGAGCGGCAGCUAUCACAGCUGGACACACAUCUGGAGCAGAGCUCCGAGACAGAAGAGAGACUAGCAGAUGUGCUAAAGGUCUGUGACCCUGACCUGGUGCGACUAGAUGAGUUCAAGGCUGACCAGGUCCUGGGGAUGGCCAACAACCUGCUCCUCUUCAUCCGAUCGCAGACUCCCGUCACGACAAAACUCCUCCAGAGCUACAGCAGCGAGGUGCAGCUGGACCCGGACUCCGCUCACCCCAAGCUUGUGAUUUCGCCAGACGGUGCUGCAGCCACCUACACGGACACCUGGCAGGAAGUGCCAGAACAUGCCAUACGCUUCGACACCACACUCAACGUCCUCAGCCUGUGUGGCUUCGGUGAUGGCCGACACUACUGGGAGGUAGAGGUGGGAGGGAAGACCUACUGGGAGCUGGGCCUUGCCUAUCCCAGCAUCCCUCGAAAGGGCCGGGCGGAAGCCUGCUGGCUGGGCCGAGGCGCUCACUCCUGGGGUCUCGAGUUCUUUGAUGGGGUGUACACAGCCUGGCAUGGGGGUGCCGCCCACCAGCUGCCCGUCACACGCCGCUUUGAACGGGUGGGGGUAUUCUGCAGCUUCCCUGGGGGCCUGGUGUCCUUCGUGGGCACAGAUGGUAGCAUCACGCCACUCUUUUCUUUCUGUGCCGGAACGUUCUCUGAGCAGCUCCACCUGGCCGUGUGCCCCGGCCAUGACCACCAGGGCACUAACUACAAGCCUAUCCGCAUCUGCAGCACCCGCCGAGCUGCAUCCACCCAAAGACUGGCACCCGAGGCCAAACAGGCUCCGCCCACUCAUUGACUAAUCAGGUGUUCAUCCGGUCCUCAUUCAGGGAAUUUGCUGAGUUCUUAUCAAGCUUUUUAUACCCAAGGCUGUUUCUGCCAUGUGGAUCGCUGUGUGUGUACAUUCACGAGGAAGUGGUGUUUGCAGGAGCUGCCUGAAUUUGUAUUUCCUGAUCGGUUUGUGUACGUUGUGUAUGAAGGACUGGAGGAUACAAUAAACUCAUCACGGCAGGACCCGUCCUGUUGUAAUAAAACACAUUUAUUGA